GUCUGGGAUGGGUUUCGGGAUGGAAAACAACAUGAAACAGAAAGCAUCCACCUGCAAUGAUUCAUGGGUUUCCGCUGGAUGUGCACAGUGGCUCAAGAUCUUCGCGCACCUCCACCGCCCGUCGUUUGACCCGCUGGCCUCGUUCGCGGUCAUGGGUCUCAACGCUGAGUUUGCCGGCUACCAGCCUUUCGCGGAGAAGAACAUGUUUGGCGGGGAGUACCGUAACUAUGAGAGCUCCACGCGGCAGAGUGUGGUGGAAAAGACCUACGGGGAGAUGCACCAGAAACAAACGGUGGAGUUCGUGAAGAGCAUGCAGGAGAAGUGGAUGAAGUUCAACCAUGGGGAGUUCACCAUCAUGGAGGCGAUCGAGAUGUUGGACGAACUGGUGGACGACAGUGAUCCCGAUGUGGACAUCCCCAACAGCAUCCACGACUUCCAGACCGCUGAGCGGAUCCGAGAGCAGUGGCCUGGAGAGGAGUAUGACUGGUUCCAUUUGGUGGGCUUGUUGCAUGACAUGGGCAAAGUCAUGGCCUUGAAAAAGAUCGCCGGCGAGGACCUCCUCGAGCAGUGGGCCGUCGUGGGAGACACCUUUCCCGUGGGCUGCGCACCUGCAGAGGAUGCCGUCGUCUUCCCCGAGUCCUUCAAAGGCAACCCCGACUACGACCACCCGGUCUAUGGCACCAAGUAUGGCAUGUACAAACCCAACUGCGGCAUUGGGACUCUUGGGCGGACCUGGUGGGGGAUGAAUGGAGUUUCAAGGAAGAUGUUGAAGUUUAAUGGUUGCACCAUUCCUGAAGCUGGAUUGAACAUGAUCCGCCUUCACUCCUUCUACCCCUGGCACGACAAGCGCGCCUAUACCCACUUCGAAAGUCCGGAGGAUGCCGAGACCUUGAAGUGGGUGAAGGAAUUCAACAAGUUCGACCUGUACUCCAAGGGCGAUGCCCUGCCUGAUGUGGAAUCGCUGAAGCCGUACUACGCCAAGCUUUUGAAGAAGUACAACCUCGAUGGCAAGCUGAAGUGGUGAGCCACGAGAGCCGAGAGCCUCGUUCCCAGGUCGGUGACCACGCCCCGAUAGAAAAGGCGGGGCCCCGCUCGUUGAGAUCGCCAGCCGACUUCGCCAAGAACUGGCGCAGCUCCCAAGAGCCAAUGUUGAGCCCUUUUGCGCCCAUCUCGCUGUGACCUGUGAGGGGCCUGUUGCACGAUUGGCACCACAGCCACCAGCCAUCAACACGUCAGCCCUGUUGGAGUCCAACGGAC